AUGAUCGGCGAUGGACGAGGUUUUAUUUCAAAAAUCACUCUUGUCGAGUUUGAUUGGAGCGAAGAUGUGGAGAGGUUGCCGGCAAAGUUGGUCUUGAAGAUCACAACGUGUGACAAAUUGAAGGAAUUCUGUGAGAAAGUCGCUCAAAUCAAUUUCGAUUCAAUGAAAGGAAUGGCAGGAAGAGUUCACGACGCCGAGUUCAACUUCUAUCAGAAAGCGCACGCAAAUCCCGAAUUUGUUCGCGAUAUGAAAGUGCCGAAAUAUUAUUGUGGAAGGGAUUUCGAUUUUGAGGGAAUUGAAGCCGGUUAUUUUGCGAUGGAGCAUUUUGAGAAUUUCGCUCAUCGCCAUUUCUAUCACACCGUACAAGAGUCAGGCGCAAUCGAUGUCAUUGACGUUUUAGCGAAACUAGCCGCAUUUUCUUUAAAGAAUCCAGAAAUCGUUGAUGCAAUGGACACACAUUGGAUGGAUGAGUUAAUGAGCGAAUGGGUUAAUCAAACGAAAAUCGAACAAGGCUUAGACCAAAUCACGGCAAAAUACCCAGAAAGAAGUCAUCAAGUGGAGGUGAUGAAAAAGAUGUUGCCUAUUUAUGAGACACCCGAGAUUUACAAACAGAAACUCGAGCACUUUUCUGCUCACAAAAUUCUCUGCCAUGGUGACAUGUGGCCUGGAAAUAUGAUAUGGGAUAAGAAUGAACAAGGCGAGUAUCAUGUGAGGAAUUUCAUCGAUUGGCAGGUCGUUCAUAUCAGCUCGGGAGUGGAAGAUCUAAUGAGAAUUCUGACAAGCGCUGUCACUGCUGAUAACUAUAGAAAUAAAAGAGAUUUCUACAUUCAACACUACUAUGACACAUUGAAAAAGCACUCAGAUGGAGUGAAAUUGCCAUGGGAUAACGUUGAACAGUUAAUCGAAGACUACGAGAAGUUCUUCCCAAUAAUGGUUUGUGUAUGGUUUCCAAUGUUUCUCUCUUUUGAGGAGAUGUUGUUCAGAACGUGUGAUGAAUCCGAAAAAGAAGAAUGUCUGAAAUGUUUCUACGAUAAACUUUUUUGUUCCAUUGACGAGGCCGAGAAAUUGGCCAAACUUGAUCUCUCUUCUAUUGGGCCAAUUGACGGUGAGGUGGACGAGGAUCUUCCAAUUGUACCUAUUCGAAGAGAGCCCAUGUUUCCUGAAGAUCUUAAAGAGAGAUUGGUACUAUUUGGUCUAAAGCGGAAGAGUCGACGCUCAUUGCCAGGACUUUCAAAAAAAAAAAGGAAAUUGAUUUGCAAGGAA